AUGCCUUUGUCUGUAGCAAAGAGACUGGGAUAUCACAAGUAUCAAGCCUGCGGAAUCUCACUAGUCUUGGCAGAUAGAUCGAUAAGGUUACCAACUGGAAUGCUUGAAGACCUGCCUUUGAGAAUAGGGAAUGUAGAAAUCCCCACCGACUUCAUUGUGCUUGAGAUGGAUGAGGAACCAACAGAUCCAUUGAUACUAGGAAGGCCAUUCCUAGCUACAGCAAGAGCAAUGAUAGAUGUCUGUGAAGGCACAAUUGAGCUAAACUUGGGAAAGGACCUAAGGAUGAAGUUUGACAUCAAGGAUACAAUGAGGAAAGCCAACAAUAGAAGUUUGCGAAGUCAUGGCAGUGAGCUCGAUCAAGAGCUCGAUCGAGUCAACCUCGAACAAACGAACUCGAUCGAGCUGGGGACUGAAUGCAAGGAGCAAGCUCAAGGAGAUUGGUCUGAGCUCAAGGCGCCUAAAGUCGACCUCAAACCUUUGCCUGAGGGCCUCAGGUAUGCAUUUCUGGGUGAAAACUCAACUUACCCUGUCAUUGUGAACUCUGAUUUGGAACCUGAACAGUUGAGUGCUUUGCUUGUUGAAUUGAGGAAGUACAGAAAAGCAAUAGGUUACACUCUAGAUGAUAUCAAGGGAAUCUCCCCUGACCUAUGCAUCCAUAGGAUUCAUCUAGAGGAUGAAAGUAAGUCUAGCAUUGAACCUCAAAGGAGAUUGAACCCCAAUCUAAAGGAAGUAGUGAAGAAAGAGAUACUCAAGUUGCUUGAUGCUGGGAUAAUCUAUCCCAUCAGUGAUAGCACUUGGAUAUCUCCAGUUCAUUGCGUCCCAAAGAAAGGGGGGAUCACUUGGUUUCUUCCAAAUCCCGAUCCACCCAAUGAUCAGGAGAAAACCACUUUCACAUGCCCUUAUGGUACCUUUGCUUAUCGAAGGAUGCCAUUUGGGCUGUGCAAUGCCCCAGCUACUUUCCAGAGAUGCAUGACCUCCAUUUUUUCAGAUCUGAUAGAGGAGAUGGUAGAAGUCUUCAUGGACGAUUUCUCAGUCUAUGGAGCAUCCUUCUCCUCAUGUUUGUCUAACUUGUGCAGGGUGUUGCAGAGGUGUGAGGAGACAAAUCUAGUACUCAACUGGGAGAAGUGCCACUUCAUGGUUCGAGAAGGGAUUGUGCUUGGACACAAGAUUUCCGAGAAAGGGAUCGAGCUCGAUCGAGCUAAGGUGGAUGUCAUGUUGCAGCUCCCUGUUCCCAAGACUGUGAAGGAUAUCAGGAGUUUUCUGGGUCACGCAGGGUUCUACAGAGAUUCAUCAAGGAUUUCUCAAAGAUAG